CGCUAACGGUUAAAGAAUGGUAUUUUCACUAUUUUAAUACGAGGUUUUUCGAAUUUUGUUGUUCGGAUGCACUGCAUAUUGCCGCACAUUAGUGUACUCAAUUUAGAAUUUUGGAGUAGAAGUGGUGUAACGGCUGGUAUCUCGGUUUGUGAGCCGAUCUUCCCUUGUGUAGCUUAUUCGCUCUCGAUUCUUGAAAUGUCGACCGAUAACAGCAGCACACAGGCGAACUCUGCCGCGGAAUUACCUUCAAAAAUCAUGCAGUCGAUCGAAGGUCGCAAAGUUCAUUUGGUCGUUCUUACCGGGGGACCCUGUGCGGGUAAAACUACGGGACAAGCCAGUCUGUCGUCGUUUUUUGAGAAUCUCGGAUGGAAGGUUUACAGAGUACCGGAAGCCGCCAACACGCUGCUCAGUGGAGGGGUACGAUUUUCCGAGCUGAGUCCACACGACUGUCACGUGUUUCAAGAAAACCUCCUGAAAACGAUGAUGCAAAUUGAGCAGACAUACAUGGCGCUGGCGGAAACGUGUGCCAAGAAUUGCUUAAUUAUCUGCGAUCGCGGCACGAUGGAUGCUUCUGCCUAUCUGGAACCGGCAGCAUGGGAAAAGAUUAUGAAACAGAACAAUUUGAAUGCUGUGGAUAUCCGAGAUAACCGCUACAAUCAAGUUAUUCAUCUGGUGACAGCUGCGAACGGUGCAGAAACAUUUUACACUUUGGCGAAUCACACUUGCCGCAGUGAAGGUGUCAAUUUGGCUCGAGAACUAGAUGAAAAAGUGAUGAAGGCUUGGAUCGGUCAUCCUUAUCUAGAAGUUAUGGACAACACAACAACAUUUGACAUGAAGAUGCGACGCCUUGUUCAAUCUGUUUGCGCUCGUCUUGGACUCGAUACCGGUGAUCGUUUGUUGCCAAACAGUCGGAAAAGAAAGUUUCUCGUUCGUGAGAUGCAGGCUGAUUCGGCUUUCCAUGAGUUCCAAGAUUUUGUUGUGGAACACGAUUAUCUGAUUACCGCAUCGCAUGAAUUCGAACAGGCGCGGCUCCGUAAACGAGGACAAAAUAAUCACUGGCAGUACCUACACACCGUUCGUCGGUUGGUUACAACUGGUGAUAAACACGAACAUAUCGAGCAGCGCACUCAACUUACGGAGCGUGAUUAUUUUAUGCUCCUUGCUCAACGUGAUCCCUCCCAUUAUCGAUUGUACAAGAAGCGACGCUGUUUCCUAUGGAAUAAUCAAUAUUUCCAGCUUGAUAUAUAUACCGAAAAGAAUCCUAGCAAGAUUCGCGGCUUAAAAAUUCUGGAAACGUACACCGCCCGAACGGAGGCGAUCCCACUGCCCGAAUUUUUGGACAUCGAAGCGGAAAUCACAGCCGAUAAAACUUACUCGAUGUACAAUUUGUCUCGGAAAGAAAUUGUGGACCCGAAUAUCAUUCAUGCUAAUCGCCAUGAAAAAUCGAAAUCUCCCCUUCACUUCAGCAAAAUAGAAGUCCAACCGGAACGCAGUAUCAGUGUCAGUGAGCCGAUCAAUGGACAUCGGGAUAGUAUUGCAGCGGAAAAGCACCGCGCGCAUUCUGUUGUGGAAAACGGAGUGGUGCAGGCUCAGGCGCAUGCAGAUUUGUUGAAAAACCCUUCGAUGACUGAAGCCUCGAAGGUUUUGUAAAUCAGAUCGCUACAAUAUUUAUAUUGCCGUGUAGUCUUAUGGUGCUAAUGUAAUGGCUGCUCCAUCAGCAAUAUGUGCCUGCUGGCUCGGUACAUUACAUACCCGAUGUCCUUCUAGUUCCGUUCCUUGUAGCAGCUUUAUUAUUUGAUCAUCAUGCAAUGUUACUAGAGAACUGUUUGAUUGCUACUAGUUUUAGCAGCAUAGUAAUAUACUUACUACCUCCCGGCGACCUGCAAAGUGUUACCUGGUCUUUUUCUAGUAUCGGGUUCCUGUGAAUCUAAAACAUACGAAAUUGUCGCUGUCGUAGAUACAGAUUAUUGAAGUUCGAGAUUUUGGA